AAUCUCCACCGAGUCUCAACUUUAAUCAACUCACUGAGUGGAAUCGCCCUUAUAUACAACUAACAACUCGACGCCACUCUAACUCAAAUUACUAACCGCCUAUACACCCAAAAUCCCCAAUUCUCACACAUAUCUAUCCAAUUCACUCCGCCUUCUUUAAGCCGUAACGCCACCGCAAUUGCCGCCGGCGUGUACAAUGUCGGUGAUCGAUCAGGAACCAACUCAGCCAGAAUCCGACGGAACUAACGUGAACGCAAUCGACGAAGGAUCGGAUCGCAGCGUAGUGUCGACGGACAAUGAGUACGCCGACGUCGACGAGGCGAGUCAGCGGAAGGGCGAGAGUUCGGAGACGAACGCAGUGUUGCCAGAGGAGAUGUGCAGGAGUGUGGUGAAACUCACAUGUGAGAGCUCAGUUGAAGGCGGUGAAUGCGUCGUUUAUCUCGUUGGAACUGCUCAUGUUUCUAUGGAAUCCUGCCAAGAAGUUGAAGCUGUUAUCAAAUUUUUAAAACCACAGGUUGUCUUUUUGGAGUUAUGUGCAAGCCGGGUAGCCAUACUCACGCCUCAGAAUCUAAAGGUACCUACUGUUGGAGACAUGAUAGACCAGUGGAAGAAAAACAAGAAUAAUGCCUUUGGGAUACUCUACAGCUGGUUUCUUGCUAAGGUUGCCAGUAAGCUUGAGGUUUUUCCUGGUGCUGAAUUUCGUGUGGCAUAUGAAGAAGCAAUGAAAUAUGGAGGCAAGGUGAUACUUGGUGAUCGCCCAGUAAAUAUAACUCUUGGGCGCACUUGGGGAAAGAUGCCGCUUUGGCAUAGGUUAAAGUUACUCUAUUCUUUAGUAUUUCAAGCAUUUCUUUUACCAAGUGCAGAGGAUCUGGCUCAAAUGCUGAAGGACAUGGAUGAUGUGGACAUGCUGACACUUGUGAUCCAAGAGUUGAGCAAAGAGUUUCCCACUGUAAUGGAAACUCUGGUUCAUGAAAGAGACAAGUACAUGUCAUCCAGGUUACUAAGAGUUGCUAGUGAGCAAAGUUCGGUUGUUGCAGUUGUUGGAAAGGGGCAUCUUCAAGGAAUAAAGAAACAUUGGAAACAACCUGUUGAGUUGAAUGAUCUUUUAGCUAUGCCUUCGAAAAAAGGAGCUAUAACUGCAGGCAAGAUUCUCCAAACUAUUGGUGUUACAGUUGCUGGAGUGGCCAUUAUAUCUGGUCUUUAUCUUUCAAGCAAAAAGUAAUGUAGGGUUCUCUUUCAUCUCAGAGUAUGCAGUUAAAUUGCCAGAAAUUUAAAGUUGACUGCAUUUUGAAAUUUUGGAACUGUUGUUUUUUUUAGUUAUUUUCUUUACUAUAA